GCUCGGGCUCGCGCACUCUGAAGUGAAGUUUCAUUGAGGAGAAGCGGGACUUCCUUAUCACUGUUUUUAUUUCCGAAUAAAAGGCGUCAAGGGAGGUUUUUCAGAAGCAGGAUUAAAUAUUGAAAGCCAUUUUGAGAAGAUUUAAUAAUUUAAAGGAGUGAAAUGAGUGUUUCAAUAAAUGGAAAAUAACGGAAUUUGAUUGAAAGAAAUCCGUUAAAGAAGUGGGCGGAGCUUCUGCACGUGAAGGGCUCAUGGAGGGAAUCUGCUUCGAGGUGAAACCCAGAGGCGACCCCGCCUGCUCCUCCAGGCCGCUCCAGGAUGGAUCAGGUGAUGAAGACGAGGAGGAGGAGGAGGAGAUUCAGUACAGACUGAAGCUGGUCGGCUCGUUAGCAGUCCACCCCCAGACCUCCAUGGCCAUGCUGCCGUGGGUGGUGGCUGAGAUCCGCAGGCCUCGGCUUAAGGAAAGGAGCUUCAGCACCAACGUCUCCAGAGCUCAAGCUGUAGAGAUGCGUGACUGCCCAGUGGUCCUGCAGAUCUCGGGUUCCAGGGUGCGGUGUGUCCUGGGCGUGGUGCGUGUGGGGGAGCAGUGGGACCCUCUGCAGCACACCGUCCUCUUUCAGCAGCUUCCACAUCGGGUCACCAAACUCAUCCACAACAGCCGAGAGCCCAGCUACUUCGGCUGUCUGCUUCGGGAUGGAGCCAGCGCUACCUGCUACGUCUUCCGCUGUCAAGAUGAAGACAGGGUCCCGGAGAUCAUCAGCACCCUGAGGCAGGCCAGUAAAAGCUCCGCCCGUCAGGAGGACACGCCCACCGCCGCCGCCCAGCCCGCCGACUCUCAGCCGGACAGUCGCCAGGACAACCUCGACUCCGUGACCGCCUUCUCCAAAAAGUUCGAGGUGCUGUUCUGCGGCCGGGCCGUGGUGGCCAAGAAGAACGCUCCGCCCGCACUGAUAGACCAGUGCAUCGAGAAGUUCAGCCGAGCCAACGCCUCCAACUCGCUGACCACUGGGGUCAGGAGAGCCUUCUCCCUCACACAGUUGAUAAACGGAGCGAACGAGGGAGCGGAUGGAGGAGGGAAGAGGACACUAUUUUUCCGGAAAGAUCCCAGCUUCCCGUCUCUGCAGGCGCUGGAUGAGAACGGUCUCUCACCCGAGCUGCACCGCCGAUCGGCCAACGGAGCCGCAGGAGUUCAGCCAACCAGCCUGCAGGAGAACAGGACCAUGUUAUUUAUGAUCGGCCACUCCCAGAUCUUCCUAGUGAGUCCUGACAGUAAGAAAGUGGCCAUCGAGAAGAGCUUCAGGGAAAUCUCCUUCUGCUCACAGGGGAUCAGACAUGUGGAUCAUUUCGGGUUUAUCUGCAGAGAGUCGGACGAGGGCGGGAGCUGCCUGUUUGUGUGCUACGUGUUCCAGUGUACAGAUGAAGCUCUGGUGGAUGAGAUCAUGCUGACUCUGAAACAGGCGUUCUCCGUGGCCGCCCAGCAGAAGAGCACUAGGACCCAAAGCCUGCAGUGUGACUCCUGCCCCAUGCAGCAGCUGCACCGGCUCUGUGACCACCUCGAGGGUCUCACUGCGUCCAAGGCUAAGCUGGAGUUGCAGCAGCAUGUGGCUUUUCUGGACAAUCAGGAGCAGGCGUGUGUGUUUGAGACCACCCUGAAAGCCAGACCGAAAUCGGACCAGGAGGAGAACGAACUGGUGGUGUCAUGUUUAAGGCGACUCUAUGAAGAGAGACAGAAGACACACACGCACACACACAUUGCACAAACAAAACAGGAAGCUCCAGCGGUGUGUGAGGAGAUAUCUCCUAGUCUCGAAGGCAGCAUGAGCAGCAGCCGACUGCGUCUGGAGCAGCUGAAGAGUCGAGCCAAAAGAUCGCUUACGGAGUCAUUGGAAGGAAUAUGGAAGAGCAACAGUAGGUCCAGGUUACAGCAAGAGAGCAGUGAGAGCACCUCCUCAAACUCCACCAUCAGCAGCACACAUCAGGAUGUCAUCUCGGUGGAGCCGCCGUCUCCGCCCCUGCUCCUACUGCCGUCCAGCCCACUCCGCUCCCACAAUUCCACAGGUGACCUGAAGUGCCUGGAGACCUCCGACACGGAUCAGGAAGGUCAUGACCCCCAGGCCCAGAGCUUCCGGAGGCGAGCGAGUACCAUCAGUCACUCUCCGUCCAUGUGCUCCAGCAGCCUGAGCGUCCAGAGCGAGCAGGCCACGUCCGGCAGCAAGCCCAAACUCGUCCGCCAUUACUCCGUCAGCACCGACUCGCCUCACCAGAGCAAGUCGGCUCCCUCCGACGCUGCUUCCUCUUCCUCUUCUUCCUCUUCCUCACACCUCACCUUCUCUUCCUCUCCUACCUACGCGAGACUGGUGAAGCCGAGAGCCUUCGAGCAGCUCACGAAACCCCUCAAGAGUGGACUGAGGGCCAGACUGUCUUCAUCUUCCUCUGUUCCAAACUUCUUAAAGUUUCUGGCUCCUGUAGAGGAGCACGAUGACUCUCCUAAACACAGAGACGUAGCGGCCCUGUCCAGCCUGGGAGUCGCGUGUGUGUUGGGACCAGACAGUCCACUCCGUCACCGCAGACACUCCUGGAGACAGCAGAUCUUCCUCAGAGUGGCUACACCACAGAAAGGCUCUGAUACACCGGAAAGAGGAGAGACGUCCCUAGAGGUCGGGGGCAGACUGGCGGUGGGAGGCGGAGCCGGGGGCGGGGACAGCACGCUGGGCCCGGUGCCUGAGGAGAGGAGGAGAAGGUCUCAGGAGGAGCUGCGAGCGUUAUGGAAAAAAGCCAUCCUGCAGCAGAUCCUCCUCCUGAGAAUGGAGCGAGAGAACCAGAAACUACAGGCCUCUGAGAGUGACCUCCAGAGCAGACGGCUGAAGCUGGACUACGAGGAAAUCACACCCUGCCUUAAAGACGUCACUCUCGUCUGGGAGAAAAUGCUCAGCACCUCUGGGAGGUCAAAGGUCAAGUUUGACACAGAGAAGAUCCACACAGCCGUUGGGCAGGGCGUGCCCCGGCAGCACAGGGGUGAAAUCUGGAAGUUUCUAUCAGAGCAGUAUUUACUCAGACAGCAGGUCCCCAGCUCCAAACCUCCCAAUAACGACGUGCCUUAUAAAGAGCUACUGAAACAACUCACCUCUCAACAACACGCCAUUCUCAUAGAUCUGGGUCGUACAUUCCCCACACACCCCUAUUUCAGCGCUCAGCUGGGUGCGGGUCAGCUGUCGCUCUAUAACCUGCUGAAGGCCUACUCUCUGCUGGACCCGGAGGUGGGCUACUGCCAGGGCCUGAGCUUCGUGGCUGGAGUGCUGCUGCUGCACAUGAGUGAGGAGGAAGCCUUCAACAUGCUCAAGUUCCUCAUGUAUGAUAUGGGGCUGCGCAAACAGUACAGACCUGACAUGAUCAUCCUGCAGAUCCAGAUGUAUCAGUUAUCCCGGCUGCUUCACGACUAUCACAGAGAGCUGUACGGUCACCUGGAGCAGCACGAGAUCGGGCCGAGUCUGUACGCCGCGCCGUGGUUCCUCACUGCUUUCGCCUCGCACUUCCCUCUGGGUUUUGUGGCCAGAGUCUUUGACAUGCUGUUCCUGCAAGGGUCAGAGGUCAUCUUCAAGGUAGCGCUAAGCCUUCUGGGAAGCCACAAGCCCCUGAUUCUCCAACAUGACAAUCUGGAGUCCAUCGUGGACUUCAUUAAGAGCACGCUGCCCAACCUGGGCCUGGUGCAGAUGGAGAAAACCAUCAAGCAGGUGUUCGAGAUGGACAUCAGUAAGCAGCUGCAGGCGUACGAGGUGGAGUACCACGUGCUCCAGGACGAGCUCCUCGACGGCCCAUCCACUCUCAGCCAAUCACAGCGCGCCGCUCAGCUGGAGAAGACCAACGGCAGCCUGCGGCAGCAGAACCUGGACCUCCUGGAGGAAGUGCAGGUGGCCCAUGCGAGGAUCCAUUUCCUGGAGUCCCGUGUGGAGGGUUUGGUGAAGAGCGAGGCGGAGCUGCGUGUGGAGCUCACGUCCCUGCAGGAGGAGCACUCUGAGCUGCAGCACACCGUCACCCGGCUCCAGGCUCUGCUCUCCAGCCACGGCAUCCAGUACACCUCGGCUCCAUCCUAAUACACUCCCUCUUCCACUCGCGCACUCCUUUAUUUCCUCAGUGGGAGAAACGAUGUGACCUCAGGGCCGAGGGGGGGGGCGGAGUCUUGUUUUCCCGAUACUUUGCCGUAAGGUUUAACUGGACUUUAUUCAGCGUGAGAGAGAGGAUGUGGACUCUGAGCGCGUCCACCUUAAACACCCCUCCACUCACAGGGAAGUGCCUAAAGGUCAAAGGUCAAGGGACUUUGGAACUGUGGAUUUUUUUUUUUUUUUUUUUAAAGGCGUAACAAUGACACACCAGCACUGAUCCAUGCUCUGAACAAGUGCACACAUUUCUUGCAUCACACACUGUGUGUGUGUGUGUGUGUGUGUGUGUGUGUGUAAAGUAUUUGCACCUUUUGUCUUGUGUGUUUACUUCCAUGUAAAGGCACUGCUGUAUGCUGUUUUGCAUCGAUAAACAAAAACGAACGAGUUGUACACAAUCACCACUUCGCUUUUCAGCCUCCAUGUUUUCCAGACAUGAAAGUGUUGUUUUUUUUUAUAUUUCUUUCGCUUUUUUUUGUCAUCAUAAUUACUCUCAUUAUAGUGCGUCUCUGUCUAGACACGGAAUUUCCGUGUGCUUUCAGACGAAGCCGCCCAGCCCUUCAGAUACACGAGUCUGCCUGAAUAACAAUACCCACAAUGCACCUCUGACAGACACCAAACCCUUCUGUGAAUCCCGACCACGGUAUUCCCAGACGACGACGCAGACACACAAUGACUCGCCUCGUCCUUUGCUCUACAUUCAAACAAUCAGACCAACAAUGAAGCGACUCGUGACGGCCGGCCGCGUGCCUUAGCGCUGUCCGCCGGAACACGCCGCCAGAGGAAAUGAAUCAACCGAGUUUGUGACGGAAACUGUUAAUAUUUACGUCUAAUAAAAAUCGAGGACAGUGAUCGUUCACCGCCUGUUAAAGGAGCGCUCUGUCAUUUUGUUCGCCUUCAUCUUUACCAUCUGUCUGUGUGUGUGUUGGGGGGAGAAGUGCACAAUAGGCCACACCCACUUUGAACAUAGAAUUUUUAAUUUUUUUUUUUUGGCGAAUAUAUAUCAAGACCAAAAAGCAGGUCUGAGUAAUUUCUGGGCCAGAAAAAGUGCCAACAUCCUCUUUAGCUGCUGAGAGGAAACAAACAAACAAACAGACAAGCCACGCCCACUUUUAUACCUGUAAUUCUUUUUCAUUGUGUUUUUUUGUGGACGUGUGUGAUCUAUAUUCAGACAAAAGGGGCGGGGCUAAUUUCUACAGCAAAAAAAAUGCAAAUUAGUACAAAGAGUCUCUGUUCCUCUGUAGUGGGAGGGUCGCUAAUGUCGCUAAUAACAUGAUUAGGUGUUACGUUCAUGCUAAUCAUCAGCACAUUGGGUCCUAAAAGUUUACAUUGAGAGCACAAAAUCAACGCUAGGUUCUGACCUUCAGAGUAAAAGAAAGCUUACCUCGCUACACACACACACGGUGCUAACAAGUGAGGCUAAUGAUCACUGAAAGCCAGUGGACACCGAUUAGCAUUGUAUCAUUCAGUUAUUGCAUCAUUUCUGUGUUUGUGUGUGUAUGUAAACUUUUGUCAAAACUGAAUGAACCAAAGACAUUAAAACAAUGUGGAAUGCUGUCAAGACGUUCAAA